GCUGCACCUCUUUCCUUUGACCUCAACGAUACCGCCCUCACGCACGCCUGCAAUGUCUGAGAACAUCUCUCCCCGCGUUAAUGCCGCGCGUAUGCAAUCGUAUAUCGGCCGCAUCGUCCGUCUUAUGGGCAGAGUCGUCAGGGCUGGACCCGAGAUUCCUGGGCAGGAGCCGACGGCGAUCCUGGAGGCAUCAGACAAGGGCGAGGUCGUCGUGAUUCUGAAUAGUAUGAGCGAUUCUCCGAGCACGACAAUCAAUUCUGCGUACGUUGAGAUUGUGGGCAGCGUACAGGAUGAGCGCACGAUUAAGAUGAUGACGUGCAUCAACUUGGGCAACGAACUUGAUAUGGACCUUGUGAAUGAUGUGGUCGAGCUGUGGCAUGAUCCUCGUUUUGUGAAGAUGGUUGGGUUCGCUUAAGUUGCAGGUUCCUCACACAUUGUACUCAUAUACCAUUUUUUUGCAUCUUCCCCAUUUCUAUGUGCUGUCGUGUUGUGCAAUUUCUCUGUAGGGUCGCUUGAUGUAACAUUAGAGAAUAUAACGCGUAUCUUCUCGAUGACAAGAAAGUAACACAUGCCCAAGUC